GCCACCGCGGUCCGGGCUUGGGAGGCGGCCCACGCGCAUCCGUCGGUGUUCGGCAGCGCUGGGCGAGGCGCGCAGCGCGCGGCUUGGGCGGCGGCCUUCGCUGCCGAGGCCGCGGCGGCCUCGGCACGCCGCCAUGUCGCGCCCUUGCUUGACCUCGCGAAGUCGUUCGAGCGGAUCCCGCGCCACCUCGUUGCCGCGGCCGCCGCGCGGUUAGAAUUCGACCUGGGCGCAUUCUCGCGCUUGCUCGUCGCUGCUCGCGGCAUCGCGGCUGGUUCGGGGUUCGCCGCGGUCGAGCUCCAGAUGUCGUUGCGCGAGUCCAUGCGCAUUGCCACGCUCCGCUGGCUUUUCCUGCGGCCGCUCCUGUACGUAGACGACUCGACCAUUGCCGCAUCCGGCUUUUCUGGGGAGGCCCUCGCAGCAGCGUCUCGUGGCACGGAGUUCUUCGUCGACGU